AUGUUCCAGAAAAUUGCCGAGUUCGGGCCUGACUCCAGCGGGAGAAUGCAGGGAGUUACUAUCGUUAAACCAAUAGUUUAUGGUAAUGUUGCUCGCUAUUUUGGAAAGGAAAGAGAAGAGGACAGGCAUACCCACGAGUGGACGGUGUAUGUGAAACCGUAUAUAAAUGAGGAUAUGUCAGCUUAUGUGAAGAAAGUCCAAUUUAAAUUGCAUGAAAGUUACAUCAAUUUCUUAAGAGUUGUUACUAAACCACCUUAUGAAAUUACUGAAACAGGAUAUGGCGAAUUUGAAACAACCAUCAAAAUAUUUUUCCUGGAUCCUAAUGAAAGACCUGUAACCCUGUAUCAUUUAGUGAAGCUGUUUCCAUCAGAUAGCUCUGCAAUGCUAGGGGAACAGAAGGUGGUUUCAGAGUUCUAUGAUGAAAUGAUAUUUCAAGAUCCUACAGCAAUGAUGCAAAAGUUAUUGACAACAUCUCAUGUGCUAACAUUAGGCGCCUAUAAGCAUGAAACAAACUUUGCAGAACGUGAAGUGAAAGCCAGAAAAAAAUUAGAAGCGGCCCAAAAAAGGACAAGCCUUGAAAUUGCAGGACUUACGAAGAUAUUAAAAGCAAACAUGGAAACUAUAAAGUGUUUAAAAAAUGAAAUUAGACAACUGGAAGAUGAUCAUCUAAAUGAGAUAUAA